CCGUAAACAUGAAGAAAUUAAAGCUUAAAGAACUGGAAAGCUGUCUUCAACAAGUUGAUACUUUUGAAAGCCCAAAACUACUCCUUGAACAGUACCCAACGAGACCUCAUAUUGCAGCAUGUAUGCUCUACACAAUUCACAAUACUUUUGAUGAUAUUGAAAACAAAACAGUCGCAGAUUUAGGAUGUGGUUGUGGCAUGCUCAGCAUUGGAAGUGCAAUGUUAGGAGCAGGGUUCUGUGUGGGGUUUGACGUAGAUGCAGAUGCACUGGAAAUAUUUAAUAGCAAUAUUGAGGACUUUGAGCUCACGAAUAUCGACCUGGUUCAGUGUGAUAUCUGUUCUUUGCCUGACAGCAUGUCAGACACUUUUGACACAGUGAUUAUGAACCCUCCGUUUGGUACCAAGCAUAAUAAAGGAAUUGAUAUGAUUUUUCUGAAAACUGCCCUACAAAUGGCAAAAACAACUGUAUACUCCCUUCACAAAACUUCAACACGACAGCACAUUCAGAAGAAAGCAGAUGAAUGGGAAGUGAAGAUGGAAGUCAUAGCAGAACUUAGAUUUGACCUACCAGCAUCAUACAAGUUUCAUAAGAAGAAAUCAGUUGACAUUGAAGUGGAUUUCAUUAGACUUUCUGCCAAGAAACCAAUGAACUGAGGCACAUCUUUACAACCUAUUGAAAAUGGAACAAUAAAAACU